AUGGCUCAGUGGAAAUCACCUUUGGCGGGCUACGAGAAUGCCCAGCCUCUCCCGACCACCAUCAACCCAGACGGGAAGUCACUUUACAAUCCUCCAGGCCCCCUCUCCAAGGCGUAUGACGAGUUCCCGAAGGGGUUCAAUCCGAAUAAGAACGGCUUUGAUUUCCACAUCUACUAUAUGCAGCACAGCGCCACAGAAUCACAAUAUGCGAAGGAGUUACACGAACGUGUUCGCAGGGAAUUUCCCGAACUUCGGAUCUACAGGCUCUGGGACAGGCCCAUAGGUCCGCACCCCGUUGCACAAUUUGAAGUGGACACAUUCACGCCCCACGAGACGGGCGCGCUCUUCUGCUGGCUCGCCGUGAACCGCGGACCGCUCUCCGUGCUUGUCCAUCCUAACACGGAUAGUGCGAUGCGAGACCAUACAGAGUUCGCAUCCUGGAUGGGGACACCGUAUCCGCUCAACUCCGACAUCCUCAAAGUUGGUAUCAAGCCCAGGUGAUCGUCUGCGUAAUGCCUUCCCCCAUUGCGAUAUGGCCCUGUUGCCUGUAUACACGCAGUCAGAUUAGUGAAUAAGAAUAAAACUAUCGACUUCUAGUCUCUAUCCAUGU